UCUUUACUGCUGUCAGCGGCCGAAAUCUGAAGUCAGAAUCUCUUUUUUCUGACUUUCUCGGUAGAGUCUUUUUAUCCGAGGUUGCGCAUUUUCCUUUCUUCGUUUUUCAUCUGGCAGAGUGUUUCGCUGAACUUGGCCAUUGCACUGCUUGUAGGACAUCGCAUCGAGAGUUUUGUUAUCUAUUUUCCCACAGCAUCACUCGAAUCAGCCAUCAUGUCGACCAGUGAAAGUUGUGAAACCGUUCGCCAAUGGCAGGCCACAACCCGCGGGGUCGCCAACCGUGUCAAGCACACGCUGAAAACGGGGGAGCGCAGCGAUGUGCAGUUCACGGUGGGCAGCCAACAUGGGGAAGCGGAGACCUUCCGCGCACACAAGUACGUGCUGAGCAUCAGCAGUGCAGUGUUUGACAGCAUGUUUUACGGAAGUUCGGAAGACAGUAAGGACGACAAAAAGGAAGAGUUCGAUGUUCCUGACGUCCAUCCUGAUGCGUUUGCCAACAUGCUCAGCUUUGUGUAUACUGAUGCUGUGGAGAAUUUGUCGGAGGAGAACGCUUAUCCGACACUGUACUGUGCGCAGAAAUAUGGCAUUCCACAAUUGGCCGAGCAGUGCUCUGUCGUCCUGCUGCGCCAGCUGAAACUGGAGAAUUGCCUGACGAAUUUGGAAAAUGCUGCUUCUUUGAAUGCCGAGGCGAUGAUCGAGAAGUGUCUAGAAUUCGUGGACGGAUCCAGCGCGGCCAUUCUGCAGUCGGACAAGCUGAAUACGGUCAAACAGGCGACACUGGGGCUGAUUGUCAAGCGGAACAGUCUGAACGUGGAGGAGAUUGUCGUCUACAAGGCUGUCGAAAAAUGGGCUAACGAGUACUGCAAGCUGCACGACAUGGACCCGUCUCCGGAGAAUCUCCGCCAGGCUCUGGGUGAGGUGCUGCAUUUUGUCCGCUUCCCGUUGAUGUCCGAUCCGCAGCUGACCAACGGACCCAUGAAGUGCGGAUUGUUGAGCCGCGACGACCUGUGGGAUAUCUACCAGUGGAAGCACGCCGCCGUCAAGCCGUCCAUUAUCUUUCCGACGGUGCCGCGUGCACCGUUGGGACGCCCGAUCAAAGCAUCGCCUGGUCGCUUCUGAGUUUUGAUACGUUUGGUAGAGCGUGAGGUACAAUAUGUUUUAACAAUCGGAUUGUUUGAAAAUUAUUAAUGCAUAGUAUUUUGUCGAGUGUUUGAUGUUUAAAUAACAGCUUGUGCAUUGCGUAUUUAUUAAUGCAUAAAAUUAGUGGAACAAUGCGGACUAAGGAUUUUAUUUGUUACUGUUUUUUACUUGCUUCUGUUCGAAAUGGGUUUUUCAGUCGGUAUCAAGUUUAAGUUGUCUGACACAUUUGGUUAAGCAAUAAAGUUUUG